AGCAAAAGUCGGCUCCUCUCCUCCAUCUCGCUCGGCCCUCGAUCAGCUCCUGCUCCGCGCCCAUGGAUUCGGCGAACGACGCGCGCCGCGCGGAGGCCAGGGCGGCCGGCAUCCUGCGGCUGCUCAUGGGGAUGGCGGCGGGGGCGGGGGCAAUGCCGGGGGCGCGCGGGGUGAUGCUGGUGCAGCACGUCCUCGUCGGCGGCGACGGCACCGGCGACCUCUUCUCCGGCGGUGUCGGCGGCGGCGUCCCGCCGGCGUCCAAGGCGGCCAUCGCCGCGCUGAGGGAGGUCAGGGCGGAGGGCGACUGCGCGAUCUGCCUGGACGCGUUCGACGCCGGCAAGGAGAUGCCGUGCGGGCACCGCUUCCACGGGGAGUGCCUCGACCGGUGGCUCGGCGUGCACGGCAGCUGCCCCGUCUGCCGCUGCGAGCUCCCCAAGCCGGAUCCCGCGGCGGCGGAGGAGGAGCAGCAGCAGCAGAAUGGUGACGGCGGUGGCGAGGGGCAGGGGCACAGGGGCGCCGUGCUGCUGAGCUUCCUGGUGAUGGGAGGACCGCAGCAGCAGCAGCAGGAGGAGGAGCAGAUGGAGGUGGAGGAGCCGUGGAACAUCAGGGUCGAGGACGUAGAUUAGGAAGUAGGAUCGAGUUAGGCUUCGAAUUGGGUUCGAUUGGUUCAAAUCCGGCGGCGGCUGCUUUGCUUGUUUCUUCGUCAUCUUCGUUUGUACAUACCGACCGAGAGGAGGAGAGGAGAAUUGGGGCUAACUGUGAAUAAUCUUUUAGAUUAGAUGUUGAAGAUGAUGUAAUGUCAAUGGAACGCGCUUUUUUUCAGAGAAA